CUUCACAAAUCACUCUUUCCACUGGAGCUGCUCUUUUUCUUCUCUGGAUCGGGUGACCUUUUGCUUGAACAUGUCUUACUCUUUUAAACAAUCCUCUAAGUCUGUGAGCAUGGGCUCCACCGCAGGAGGCUUUGGUGGAGGUGCUGGUGGUUAUGGUCAGUGUGGAGCAGGUGGCUUUGGUGGAGAUUUUAGUCAGGCAGCUGGUGGAUAUGGUCAUGGAGGUGGUGGAGGAGCAUUCUAUGGCCAAGGAGCUGGUGGUGGAGCAGGCUUCGGUGGUGGUGCUGGAGCAGGUUAUGGUGGUGGUGCUGGAGCAGGUUAUGGUGGUGGUGCUGGAGCAGGUUUUGGUGGUGGUCCUGGAGCAGCUUUCGGUGGUGGUGGUUUUGAUGUAGGAUUUGGAGGUGCAGGUGGUGGCUAUGGAGGAGGUGACAGCUUUUUCGGUGGCAAUGAAAAACAAACAAUGCAGAACCUUAAUGACCGUUUGGCUUCAUACCUGGACAAAGUCCGACAGCUAGAGGAAGCAAAUGCUGAAUAUGAAAAAAAGAUUAAGGAAUUUUUGGAGAAACAAAGGUCUGGUGGUAGCACUGGAGGAGCAGGAAAAGACUAUACUAAGUACUUUACCACCAUUAAAGAUCUACAGACUAAAAUCAUUGCCGCCAACAAUGAAAAUUCCCAAAUACUCCUGCAGAGUGACAAUGCCAGACUGGCAGCAGAUGACUUCAAAAUGAAGUAUGAGAAUGAACUUGCUCUCCGACGCAGUGUCGAAGCUGAUAUCAAUGGCCUUCGUAAAGUCCUGGAUGAAUUGACAAAUGCCAAAUCUGAUCUGCAAUCUCAGUUUGACGGUCUUACUGAAGAAAUUACUCUUCUCCAGAAAAACCACCAGGAGGAGGUUAAGGGAUCCCAAGGAACAUCUGCCGGCGAAGUUAACGUAGAAUUGAAUGCUGCACCAGGAAAUGACCUUCUAAAGGAGAUGAACAAUCUCAGAGAACAAUAUGAGGCUAUGGCUGAAAAGAAUCGCAAGGAGGCAGAAGAACAAUUCAAGAAGGCGAGCGAUGGUUUGAAGAAAGAAAUAUCAGCUGUAGUAGAACAAACACAGACAAGCAAGAGUGAGAUUUCAGACUUGAAGAAGUCACUUCAAGCACUGGAGAUUGAGCUUCAGUCACUAUUGGCCAUGAAAAAAUCUCUUGAAGACAAUCUAUCAGAAACAGAAGGAUCAUACUGUUUGAAGAUUUCCCAAAUGCAAAUACAGAUUACUGGCAUUGAGGAGCAACUGGCACAGAUCAGGUCAGAGAUAGAGUGCCAGACUGCAGAAUAUGAAGAUCUGCUAGACAUCAAGACAAAACUAGAGAAUGAGAUUGAGACAUACCGCAAACUCCUGGAUGGAGAUAGUGAUGCUGGGAAAGGAUCCGGUGCAGGAUCAGGAUCCGGUGCAGGAUCAGGAUCCGGGGGAGUAAAAACUGGAUCGCAAACUGGAAGUACAGGAUCUAAAGGACCAGUACGAACAAAGAAAGUAAAAGUGGUCGAGGAAAUCAUGGAAAAUGGAAAGGUUGUGGCAACCAAAGUUAGGGAAACAGACGUGCCCAUAGACUCAUAGAGGCAUAUUUAAAUGACCUGAAAAUGUCCGGAGGUUGUGUCUGCUCAAGCAAAAUGAAAUCCUGUAAAAAACUUCUUAAGUGUUCUGUAUUCUGUCUAGACGUGAUCACAUGAUCGAUAUGUUCUUUGAUCACAUAGUGCAGCAUUCUGUAGGCGACUCAUGUCUCAGUGCAGUUGUAUUGCUCUUUUCAAUUCUAAUUGUACUUUGAAGAUCUAUCUUUUGCUUUUUUUUGCUACUCAAAAUAAACUUUUCCAAUGCAAAUCAUA